CUUUGCCAAUUUCAGUGGGAAGUCGUCGAGUUAGGUUGACCCGAAGCGUCGACUGUAGAUGGAUGUAACCUGCAGAGUUUCCAUGUUUCUUUUCCAGCCGGUGUUGUGGUGGCUCGUCCGUGGGCGAUGCCAGCCGGGAAUCGGGAUGAUGAACAGGAGCUGCCCGGACGAAUGUUCGCCGACGGGGACAGGUACCUGGCGGGCGGCGAUGCCUCCACGGCCGUCGCCUGUUACACGACAGUUUUCGGGCGGGACGCCGAGGCGACGGUCCAUCACCUGCAGCGCCUGGGGGAUGCCGGCCUUGGCAGCAUCAUAGCCGUGCUGGAGAGCUGGUGCGCUGGACAAACUUGGGUCCCGCCCCGGGCCGGGUGCACAGCGGACAGUGAGGCUCCCGUCAGCGCCCGGGUGGCCGCCGGCUUCCUCCUGCAGUUGGAACCCGGCAACCUGGUGGCAUCGGUGCUGAGAGUGGAGGCGCUACUGCGGAGCGGGCAGCACGACGAGGCGGUGAGCCGCUGCAACGUCCUGCUCAACGCGCACCCGCGCCAUUCGCUGGGCCUGCUGCUGACCAGGGCGCUGGCCUGGAUCUUGUCCGACGGCCAUUCGGGCAACGGCGUCGUCGACUACAUGCAAGCCUUCGCCAAGCGCCAGGAAGAGACGGUGGCGUUCGUGAAGAACCGGCAGAAGCACGAGGUGCCGCGCAUCGUCGGCGCCUUCAACCGCUACCUGUCGCUGCGGGACCGGGACCGGGAUCAGGAGCGGGAGCGCGCUCGAGGCCCGUUGCUGGGCGACUGCCGCCGCUUCCUCGCGGCCAUAACGGCUUCUGCAGGCGCGAGCAAAGAUCGUAGAGGCGCGAGGGGCGAGGACAGCGCG